CUUCGUUUUUUAUAAAACCACCAGUAAAAGCUGAAGCCACUGGUUUUAUUUCCAAAACAUUUGGCCUUUCACUUCAUACUAUACCAGCAUCCUAAAACUCUAUAUAAACAGAAAACUCGUGCAUUCAGGACAUCACAACAUAGUGGGAUUACAAGGAUCAAAGAGAAGAGUCAAAGAACGGUGUCUGAAGAAUACAUUAAUUGGAGAGAUGAGUUCAGCAAGCAGAGCUUGGAUAGUAGCAGCCAGUGUUGCUGCAGUUGAAGCCUUGAAAGAUCAAGGAUUCUGCAGAUGGAAUUACACCAUUAGAUCAUUAAACCAACAUGCCAAGAACAACAUCAGGUCUGUUUCUCAGUCGUCCAACAAGUUGUCUUCUUCAUCUUCUGCGGUGGUUUCAAGCAAAAUAAGAGAACACAAGGCAAAGCAAUCAGAGGAGUCUUUAAGGACAGUCAUGUACUUGAGUUGUUGGGGUCCCAACUAAACCCUUACCUGUUUGAGUGAGGAAUCAGAUCACUUAAUAGUCAGUUGUAGAUUUUAUCAGAUGGUAGAUAUUUGUUGCCACUGUGAUUGUAACUUGUAAAUCGUGAGAGCAGUUUCUCCAUUAUAUACGAAUUAAC